UACGCAGCUGGCUGUCCACCGGACCGCGAAGGUGGUAUCGGGAUCCCUGUCCUUGAAACCGGGCCCCGGCCCCGGGCUCCCUUCAAACCCCGGCACAGUCUCCGGGCUCCCUGUCCCCCACCAAACCCCGAACCGAUCUCCAGAGCCCAGCCCUUCCUCCCAUCCGCGCCCGUUCCCGGGUUCCCUGACCCUGCCAUCGGUCAAACUGCGAGGGCCAUGGCCUGAGGCCGGACCCUGUCCGCGGGAUCGGGAGCGCGCCUCCCGCCUCGGAGGCGCGUAUGGUACCGGGCGCGCCCGGGGGGGGGCGGUGCCGGUAUCGGUGUCGGCCCUUGCCUCUGUCCCGGAUAGGAAUACCCCACGGGCCGGUGCCCGGUGCCUCAGUCCCGGCUGAGCCCGGCCCGCACUCAGCGGCAGCAUGGCGACAGGUGAGAGCGGGGCCCGAGGAGCGAGCACCCGGCCCCCCACCCCCCUCCCCCCAGCACCCUCACACCUCCCUCUGGGUGUUUCUUUGCCUUCAGUUUUCACCACAACCAUGUCGAAAGGUAUUUCUGCCCAGUUUGAGUGCCAGGAGCUGGAGAGCACCAUGGGGAAGGAGCUCACUCGGUUACUGCAAGCUGCUUCACCCAGUGAGCAAGAACAAAUGAAGAAAGAUAUCGAAGGAUUUCAGAAGUUGUUUCGUAGCUUGCUGCAGAGGAGAGGUCCUUCAGUAGAAUGGGAGAAGAUCCAAAAAGCACCUGAAGACUCUAUUCAGUCAUAUGAUAAAAUACAAACUCAAGGGUUGUUGGGUGAUGUGCCUCCAUUAUUAAGCAAACUGGUGGUGGUCAAGUUGAAUGGUGGUCUUGGCACUAGCAUGGGCUGCAAAGGUCCCAAAAGUCUGAUUAGUGUACGCAAUGAAAAUACUUUUCUGGACCUCACCGUUCUGCAGAUCGAGCAUUUGAACAGGACUUAUGGUACUGAUGUCCCCCUGGUCUUGAUGAACUCAUUCAACACCGAUGAGGAUACAAAGAAGAUUUUACAGAAGUACCGGCAGUCUCGUGUGAAAAUCUAUACAUUUAACCAAAGCAGGUAUCCACGGAUUGAUAAAGAGUCAUUGCUCCCUAUAGCCAAGGGAUUAUCUGUGUCUGGGGACAACGCUGAGGCCUGGUAUCCACCAGGUCAUGGAGAUAUUUAUGCCAGCUUCUACAACUCUGGAUUAUUGCACACCUUUCUGCAAGAGGGCAAGGAAUAUGUUUUUGUAUCUAACAUUGAUAAUCUGGGAGCAACAGUUGAUCUUAACAUUCUUCGCCACCUUUUGAAUCCGCCAAAUGGAAGACGGUGUGAAUUUCUUAUGGAAGUAACUGACAAGACAAGAGCAGAUGUUAAGGGAGGAACCCUUAUUCAGUAUGACGGUAAACUCCGACUGUUGGAAAUAGCUCAAGUGCCAAAAGCACAUGUUGAUGAGUUUAAAUCAGUCACCAAGUUCAAGAUAUUCAACACCAAUAACCUGUGGAUUUCUUUGGCUGCAAUCGAAAGGCUACAAAAGGAAAAUGCUAUUAACAUGGAAAUCAUUUUAAACCCGAAGACGUUGGAUGAUGGCCGAAAUGUGAUUCAGCUGGAGACAGCUGUUGGUGCAGCCAUUAAGUGCUUUGAGAAUGCUCUAGGUAUUAAUGUGCCACGCAGCCGCUUCCUGCCUGUGAAGACCACCUCUGACCUGAUGCUGGUGAUGUCCAACCUAUACAGCCUUAAUGCAGGAUCCCUGACAAUGAGUGAAAAAAGAGAAUUCCGAACAGUGCCGUUGGUUAAGUUGGGCAGCUCCUUUACUAAGGUACAAGAUUACCUGAAGAGACUGGAGAGUAUACCAGAUAUACUGGAACUGGAUCACCUUACUGUUUCAGGGGAUGUCACUUUUGGGAAGCAAGUUAUAUUGAAGGGAACAGUUAUAAUCAUUGCAAAUCAUGGUGAUAGGAUUGACAUACCUCCUGGAGCUGUAUUGGAAAAUAAAAUUGUUUCUGGUAAUCUACGAAUUCUGGACCACUAGAAGGGAUGUUUAUGAUGCUAGCCUAUUGAAAGUGCUUCAUUUUAUCAUAUGUAUGAAUCACAUGGGUGACUCAUCAUCAUUUUAUGUGCAUUAAAUUGCUUAGAGUACAUGCUAGCUUUAGGUGUGAAAUGACUUAACUCUUCCAGGUAGAUGUUUUCAAAUGUUUACUGUGUUAAAAUAUAUUUUGCCAUCUUUUGUGAAAAUUUUAAAAUCAUGGCCUGCAGAGAACUCUGUACACUUGUAUUUAAAACAGCCCGAUGUUGAAAUGCGACUGAAUUUUGUUUUUUCCACAAAAUUAUAAAUUCAGUCUGGUUCUUAAAAAUAAUUCAGCCUUGUAUAAAAUUGUUCCUGCAUUGAAGUGGUUGGAAGUUUAUGUUCAAAGCUGGUACAUACUUUAUACCCUGUCUUUGAACGAUAAUAAAGUGCAAUGUGAAAA